CUCUCAACGGUGGCCCAUUUCUAGGCCUGUUCCUCCCCUCAAUAAAACUAAAAAUCAUUACUUGUUCAUUUUCUCUCUCUUCCCUGAACCCCAAUUCUCUCUCUCUAUCUCCUUCCAUGGAUUCACCAACGUGAAAGAGGCCCCAAUUGGGCAUGGUUUGAUGAUUCCUUGUUGGGUUUUGCAUCUCUCUUCCUGUCACGAAGAGAGAAAAAAACAUAUUCACCAUGGUAGUCUCCACUGAUAAUCUUAAAGGCUUUAUCUUAGCUCUUCUCUCCAGUGCCUUCAUUGGAGCGAGUUUCAUAAUCAAGAAGAAGGGUUUGAAGAAAGCAGCAGCCUCCGGCGUUCGAGCCGGUGUUGGUGGGUAUUCUUAUUUGCUGGAGCCUCUAUGGUGGACUGGCAUGAUCACAAUGAUCGUUGGUGAAGUAUCAAAUUUUGUUGCCUAUGCCUUUGCUCCUGCAGUCCUAGUUACACCACUUGGUGCCUUGAGUAUAAUUGUAAGUGCUGUUUUGGCACACUUUAUGCUGAAUGAAAAGUUGCAUAAUUUAGGGAUUUUGGGCUGUGUAAUGUGUAUUACUGGUUCAGUCAUAAUUGUCAUUCAUGCACCUCAAGAGAGUACUAUUACUUCUGUCCAAGAAAUAUGGAUGAUGGCAACUCAAACAGCUUUUUUGCUCUAUGUGGCAUCUGUCAUAGUAUUGGCUUUGGUGUUAAUAUUUCAUUUUGCACCGCGCUGUGGACACACAAAUGUAUUGAUUUUCACAGGCAUCUGCUCUUUAAUGGGCUCCCUCUCGGUUAUGAGUGUGAAAGCUUUAGGCACCUCCUUGAAGCUUACUUUUGAGGGUAACAAUCAGUUGACAUAUCCACAGACAUGGUUUUUUAUGAUGGUGGUGCUCACCUGCGUUGUUAUGCAAAUGAAUUACCUUAACAAGGCACUUGACACCUUCAACACUGCCAUCGUCUCUCCAAUCUACUAUGUCAUGUUUACCUCUCUUACAAUCCUUGCAAGUGUCAUCAUGUUCAAGGAUUGGGAUGGACAGGGUGAAGGGAGCAUCAUUUCUGAGAUCUGUGGCUUUGUUGUUGUCCUCUCGGGUACAAUCUUAUUGCAUGUGACUAAGGACUUCGAUAGAAAUCUGCCAAGGAAUAUGUAUCCACCAUUGUCCCCAUCUUUAUCGGCCCGACUCUCCCAUGGAAAUGGAGAGUUACUGAAGCAUGCAGAGGAAGACGUGAUAUCUCCCGAAGAGAUCGGCUUGAGAAGACAGGAGCUAUAUUGAAGACUCUACAUCCCCCGUUAAACUUUUCUUCUUGAAGAGUUCUUAUCAGAAAAUGCUUAUUGAGAAGCACGGGUAUGUGAUACGAUGUGGGUGCCUCACUAGUUGUUGCUAUUUGCAAGGUGGGUUGCGGCACUAAUCGAAAGUUCAGGGGAUUUGGCAAUUCGAUUAAUAAUUCAGUUCAUUUUAUACAACUUGGGGCCGCAUUGUGGUUUGAAACUGUUUGGGAGUGGAUGAUGGGCAUGGAGAUAGUAGUUUGCAAGAAGUAACAUUAGGCGUAUAGUGUAAAUUAUUCCGGCUUUAUAUUUGUCAAUUGGUUAUUUGAGUGGAUGCUGAUAAUGGAGAUAAAGGUAGGUGAUGAAUUCUGUCACGGUGAAUGAUGACGACUUGGAUCUAGUUUGUUGCCAAGAAUCUGAAGGAAUUGUUGGAUAUAGGAAAUAGAAUUCUUAAUGGAUGGCGACAAUUUCACCACACAAAAUAUUUUAAAAUAUAUCAAGGUCAAUUGCAUAGUUCAUUUUCUUAGCUUUGACCUGGAGCUUUUCUUGUAAACUUUGUUUUCCUUUCUUCCUAGUGGAUAAUUUUUUUCGAAAUGGUUCUUUGCUGUAUGUAUUAAUUGUAUCAAUAAGAUUGUAGCUAAUGACUGGCGUUUAAAAGUUGUAUUAUGAAUGUAAUUUAUGGAUUAUUGAAACACUCACUGGGGUUGAUAUGAAAUUCUGAUUCAACUCU